GCGACAGCUGACGUCAUCAAGGGCCGACUCUCCCCCCCCCCCGCGGGCAGAGGAAGUGACGCCUUGAAGCCGGCGGCUGCCCACUUCCGCCUUCGGUCGCCGGCGCGUGUGCUGGGCAGGCAUGGAGGGGAGCUCUGCCCUGGAGGAGCCGCUGCCGCCGGCUGCCAUGGAGACGAAAGGGGCGGGCGAGGCUGGGGGCUUCACGAGCGUGCGCAGGAGGAAGCGGCGCGCGGGCGACGUCGCCAUGGAGACCGCCGGCGGCGGGGGCCCUCCGCCCGGGAAGCGCCCCGACUUCCCACCCCUGAGCGGGGAGGCCCUCGGGGGCGGAAAAGCUGAAAUGAGGAGAAUCCCAGUGCCAGCAAACAGAUACACCCCUCUGAAAGAGAACUGGAUGAAAAUCUUCACGCCGAUCGUAGAGCACUUGCAGCUUCAGAUUCGAUUUAACUUAAAAACAAGAACGGUAGAGAUAAAGACUUGUAAAGAAACCAAAGAUAUAAGCGCCUUAACAAAAGCAGCUGAUUUUGUGAAAGCUUUCAUCCUUGGAUUUCAAGUUGAGGAUGCCCUUGCGCUCGUCAGAUUAGACGAUCUUUUCCUAGAAUCCUUCGAAGUAACUGACGUCAAACCGUUAAAAGGAGACCACCUUUCUAGAGCAAUCGGGAGAAUCGCCGGGAAAGGCGGGAAAACCAAGUUCACGAUCGAAAACGUCACGCGGACGCGAAUCGUCCUCGCAGACUCGAAAGUUCACAUUUUAGGAUCUUUUCAGAACAUCAAAAUGGCGCGAACGGCAAUCUGCAAUCUCAUUUUAGGAAGUCCUCCGUCGAAGGUGUACGGUAACAUCAGAGCUGUGGCCAGCAGAGCGGCGGAGAGAUUCUAAGAGUCAACAGUUCAAACAACGGAAUUUUCUUCUACACCAGGGCCGGGAAACGGCUUGUGUGCAGUCGUCGUCCUGCGACAAUGCCGAUAGUCCAUUCUCUUCCAGUACAGUUUUAUGUGUAGAAGAGAGUUGGGGGGGGGGGGCGCAGAGGAUCUUUGGAUGGUCUGGCAGUUUCAUCUCCUGAAAGAGGAUUUCUAUUUAAUAAAGAGGAUCUACUGAUAGUUUUCGCAUCAUGAUAACAGACAAAA